UCUGUUCAUUUUUAUUCAAUCUUCAUUAUUUUUAUUUAUCAAUUAUUUUUUUUUGCAGGCAAACAUUCAUUGCACCUCCACUCCCACUGCCAAGGACAACAGCCCAUCAUCAACGCGACCCGGUGCCAUCCAGCCCGUCGGCCGUGUGUGGCCAAGUACCUCCCCCGCCACUCCAGACGGCCACAGUCCCAACCCCUUUCAGCAUGGCCCCUCCCCCUUCAACUCCCAGACCUCUCCUCGCGCCCCCUCCCCCACCUCGCCUGACGAGUUCCCCAUGAAUGUCAAGCAGGCAUACAAGGCGUUUGCCGCCGUGCCUCGCUCACUGGCAGUGCUGGAGCCGCCGCAGGACCUGUUUGGUGUGAGGAACAAUUUUCAUCCAAAGCCAGUUUCUCCAGAGCCUGAGUUGAACAACGAGGUGUUUGAUGAUGACAUAGAUGGUCAGGAGGGAGCUGGGAGGGGUCUGACCAGCAAGGUCUCCCCCCGGCAGGACUAUUUGAACCUGGCAGCAGUGCCUCGUCUCUCCAGGCCCUCAGCGGACCUGCAGAGUCCGUCUCCUAGCGGUAAGGACAGCCCAGAGCAGCGCUCUUUCAGGGACAGACAGAAGUACUUUGAGAUCGACGUGAAGCAGCAGACUCCUGAAAAACCUAAACCUCGAGUCUCUCUUGUUGGAGAGGAUGACCUCAAGAAAAUGAGGGAGGAAGAAGCGAGGAAGUUUGAUCAGCGGGCGCAGGAGUACCUUCUGGACGAAGAUGAAGAGGAUGAGGAGGAGGACUUGGCUCAGCAGGUGGCUCAGAUGAAGGCCACGGGCAAAGUGUUGCUGGACGGUGUAGAGUAUAAAGUGGAGCCAGUGUCCAGCCCAUCUCAGCACUGCACACCUCCGAGCUACAACGUCACACCACCAAGCUACUGUGGCAGCUCAGGACCCUCCUCCGUUGACGGUAAAGGAGACUCUCAGAGGAAUUCACUGGAGGACAGCUUCAGGCUGGAACAGAGGCCCAACUCCAUGACUGGUCUGAUCCCAGUGUAUCCAGGGGAGUCGGCGGCUCCCAUCCGCACAGCCAAGGCAGAGCGCCGACAUCAAGAGAGACUUCGUAUGCAGAGCCCCGAGCUGUCUGUAGCCCUCGACAAGGACCUGUCCCCAGCUGAGAAACGAGCUCUGGAGGCUGAGAAACGAGCCAUGUGGAGAGCAGCACGGCCCUGUGGUCUAGAGGAGGAUGUUAGGCAGUAUGAGCAGGACCUGGCUAAGAGGCUCUACCAGGCCCGGGUGAGGGCGUCUCAGGGCACGGCUGCGGCCCCCCAGCCCCCUACCUCUACCUCUACCUCCUCCUCUGCAGCCUCCCAGCUCAGAAUGAAGUCUCUGGAGCAGGAUGCACUAAAGGCUCAGAUGGUCAUUGCAAAGUCUCGGGAUGGAAAGAAACGUGGGACGUUAGACCAGCUGACGGAGUCGCCGUCCCCUGCUCCCACACCCUCUCCUACACCUAUGGAAG